AUUCUACCACAACUUCCACCACCAAGCCAAAGCACGUACUACACAAAGCUAAACCUUACACACCUCAUCGUCUGGAUCACUACUCAAAAUGGCUGCUAAACUCAGGUGGCCUCCAGUUCUGGCCCUUCUCCUCGUUGCCGGCAUGAUCGGCAUCGCCAGUGCCGGCAACAUCGCUGUGUACUGGGGCCAGAACGGCGGCGAGGGUACCCUGGCCGAAGCCUGCAACUCCGGCAACUACGCCUACGUCAUCGUCUCGUUCCUCAGCAGCUUCGGCAACGGCCAGACCCCGGUCCUCAACCUCGCCGGGCACUGUGACCCCGGCUCCGGCGGCUGCACCGGCCUCACCUCCGACAUCCAAGGGUGCCAGUCCCAGGGCAUCAAGGUGCUCCUCUCCCUCGGCGGCGGCGGCGGCAAUUACGGCCUCUCAUCCACCGACGACGCCAACAGCGUGGCCAACUACCUGUGGGACAACUACCUGGGCGGCAGCUCAUCGUCCCGCCCGCUCGGCGCCGCCGUGCUUGACGGCAUCGACUUCGACAUCGAGAACGGCAACUCGGCGCACUACGACGACCUGGCGAACGCGCUGUCCGCGUUCAGCGCGCAGGGGAAGAAGGUGUACCUGACGGCGGCCCCGCAGUGCCCCUACCCGGACGCAUCGCUGGGCCCCGCGCUGCAGACGGGGCUGUUCGACAACGUGUGGGUGCAGUUCUACAACAACCCCGUGUGCGAGUACACCAACGGGGACGACACCAACCUGGUGAAGGCGUGGGGCACGUGGACCAGCAGCGUGAAGGCCGGGAGCUUCUACCUCGGCCUACCGGCCUCGACAGGCGCGGCGGGGAGCGGGUACAUCCCACCCGGCGAGCUGACAGGGACGGUGAUCCCGGCCAUCCAGGGCGUCGGCAAGUACGGCGGGAUCAUGCUGUGGAGCCGCUUCUACGACGUGCAGAACAACUACAGCGACCAGGUGAAGGGCAGCGUCUGAGCAUCGCAUCGAGCUGCGAACGAACGUGCGUUUGAUUGAGUAAUAGCUAGCUACAUAUGGUUAUUGGUUAAGCUAUCGGACUAGACAAUAAGAGCGGAUCAGCGGGACAGGGAUGUAUCAGUCACACACACUAGCUACUACGAGCGAGUACGUUCAUAUUCUACGAGCAUGUCUGGAGUGUGGAGUAGCAGUACAAAUUUGUGUUCACAGGCCUGCCGAAUAAUUAAUCAAUAAAAGUUGACUAGUAAAAUCUGUCACAAAA